AUGAUGCACCCACAAGAUGCGGAGAACCUGAUUCAGGCGGACGACACAUGGGACGAGGACGAGGGCGCCGAUGUCGCGAGCUCAGGGAGUUCAUUGACCUCCAUAACAUCUUCGGUCCUCCGAGGCAAGGUUGAGGAUGGACGUGUGUAUGCCGUGUACGGCAAGGAAGAAUAUGGAAUGCCGAUGGAUGACGUGGAAUUGGACAGGAUCGACAUGUGCCACGCCAAGUACUACGCCUUACUCGAGAAACGGCGAUUUCUUGCGCCAAUCACCGAAAACCCCCAAAAAAUCUUAGAUUUGGGCUGCGGGACGGGCAUAUGGUCGAUCGAUGUGGCGGAUAUGUAUCCCUCAGCAGAUGUGUUGGGUGUUGAUAUUGCGCCGACACAGCCAGAAUGGGUCCCACCAAACUGCCAGUUCGAGCUCGAUGACAUUGAGCAGGAGUGGGCAUGGAGGGAAAAUUCAUUCGAUUUCAUCUUCGCCCGCGAUCUCAUCCUCGCCAUUCGGGAUUGGCCCCGACUCAUAGACCAGGCUUACAGACACCUAAAACCCGGCGGCUACCUGGAAUUUCAAUGUGUAACCGGCAUCCUCGGUUGCGACGACCACACCCUCCGCGAAAACAGUCCGAUGCGCCGGUUCUCCGACGCUAUGUACGAAAGCACCUGCCUGUAUGGGACACCUAUUGACGACCCCACGCGGUGGAAGCGCUGGUUUGAGGAGCGCGGUUUUGAGGACGUCACCGAAGUCAUCCACAAGAUGCCAUUGAGUCCGUGGCCGAGGGAUCAGCGGCUGAAACUUAUCGGGGCGUUCGAAAUGGAGAACUUGCUGUUUGGCUUGAGCGGCAUGGUGACAAGGCUGUUCUCCAAAACCCUGAAGUGGACACCUGAGCAGGUCCAGGUUUUCUUGGUGGAAUUGAGGAAGGAGAUCAAAAACCGAAACGUACAUAUGUACUGGCCAUAG